AUGAUUAAUCUAUUACAACGCACUUUAUCAUCUGAAGUACCUGCAAUCAGAGAGGGCCAGAAUGCCAAUGGGCUGGUGUCCUGGCGCUGGCUCCAUGAAGGAAUAGUCGAGGUGACGCCCAAACAACACUGUCAUGAGGAUCAAUCUGUCGUGUUGUCCGCUGGUAUCCAUGGAAAUGAGACCGCACCCAUCGAACUCCUCGAUCGUCUGGUCAACGAUAUCAUGAAUGGCCAAAUACCACUCGCAGUUAGGAUGUUGGCCAUCAUUGGUAACCCGAUGGCCGUGCGAUCAGACCAAAGAUACAUCAAAGCAGACAUGAACCGAAUGUUUGGCGGACGCCAUUCCAAGUUUGAACCUAGUGAAGAGACCGCCCGUGCCCAGCUCCUAGAGUCAGUGGUCCGCGACUUUAUCAACACUAGCACUACGUGUAUCCAUCUUGACAUGCACACAGCCAUCCGUCAAUCGCUUCUUCCUCAGUUUGGUGUCCUGCCUUUCAAUGUACCUGGUACCCCUCCCAACCCCAAGCUGCUGGAUCUGCUCGACGCCUCAGGUCUGGAUGCACUAGUCUUACAUACCGAGCCUGGUGGCGCAUUCACUCACUACACCGGCGAGCUCACAAAUGCUUCAAGCUGCACACUGGAGCUGGGCAAAGCCUUGCCACUGGGGCACAACAACUUGGAUCAAUUCACAUCAUACGAUCAAGUUAUGCGAUCCCUCGUCAGCGGUGGAUGUACAUCACCAGCCAUGGCCAGUAGAAGUGCACGAUCACCGAUCAGAGUGUUCCGUGUUCUUCGCUCAGUCAUCAAUCCAGUUGAAUGGAUACUGUUUCCAAACACCAACGUAGCACUUGGACUUCGUGCCGGUAUUGUCCUGACCGAGGUACCAAGAAGUACAUUAUUCCAAUCAUGA